AUGAAGAACGGAGCCUUUGGAUUGAUGUGUGGAGCUUCUGACGGAGAAGAAGAGCCACAAGUCGAGGUCGCCGAGGCCGAGGAGGUUGAAGUUUCUGGAGAUGCCGCAUCCAAGGGACAAAUGUCUGUCCUAGACGCCCUCAAGGGUGUUCUCAAGCUCGCCCUCAUGCACGACGGUCUUGCGCGUGGUCUGCGCGAAGCCUCAAAGGCUCUUGAUCGUCGUCAAGCACACAUGUGCGUCCUGAAUGAGGCAUGCGAGGAGGAGGCAUACAAGAAGUUGGUCGUUGCGCUCUGCUCUGAGCACAGCAUCCCCCUGAUCAAGGUUCCUGACGGAAAGCAAUUGGGCGAGUGGGCUGGUUUGUGUGUUCUGGACCGUGAGGGAAAUGCACGCAAGGUUGUCAACUGCUCGUGCGUUGUCGUUAAGGACUGGGGUGAGGAAUCUCAAGAGCGAUCGAUCCUCCUCAACUACUUCCAGACCGAGCAGUAA